CCUUCCCACAGCGGAGAAGAGGCCUCGCGAUGGCUGCCUGGGGAGGCGGGGAGGAGGCAGUGAGGGCAGGGGCUCGGUUCCGGAGCGGCAGCCCAGCCGCCCCCGCCCGGCCGCUCAGCAGUUAAGGGCCGCGCCGCACCGCCAGGCCGCAAGGUGGCGUCCGCUGCCUCCGCUGGGCCGCGCCGCUCUAUCCGCCGCCACUUUUGCCGCCGCCGCUGCCAAGAUGGAGGCGCCUCCCGUUACCAUGAUGCCCGUUACGGGCGGCACUAUCAACAUGAUGGAGUACUUGCUGCAAGGAAGCGUUUUGGACCAGAGCCUGGAGAGCCUGCUGCACCGUCUGCGCGGGCUGUGCGACAACAUGGAGCCAGAGACCUUCCUGGACCACGAGAUGGUGUUCCUGCUGAAGGGGCAGCAGGCCAGCCCCUUCGUGCUGCGGGCGCGGCGCUCCAUGGACAAGAGCGGCAUGCCCUGGCACCUGCGCUACCUGGGCCAGCCGGAAAUUGGAGACAAAAACCGGCACGCGCUGGUGCGCAACUGCGUGGACAUCGCGACUUCGGACAACCUGACGGACUUCCUGGUGGAGAUGGGCUUCCGCAUGGAUCACGAGUUCGUGGCCAAGGGGCACGUGUUCCGCAAGGGGAUCAUGAAGAUUGUGGUCUACAAGAUUUUCCGCAUCUUGAUGCCGGGCAACACGGAUAGCAUUGAGCCACUCUCCCUCUCCUACCUUGUAGAGCUUAACGUUGUCGCUCCGGCAGGACAGGACAUAGUUUCUGAUGACAUGAGGAACUUUGCGGAGCAGCUGAAGCCUUUAGUACAUCUGGAAAAAAUUGACCCUAAAAGGUUAAUGUGAUGAAAAGCCGGGCAGCUAAAGCAGUGCUGUCGUGGACAGUCUAGUAGGGACUAACCUUUGUUCAAAUCAUUGUAUGUGUACCUUUAGAUUUAGUUAAAUAUGUACUUUUAUCUAGGUCAGGAUGACCGUAUUUGAAAGUGCUAACGUGAUUAAGUAGGAUCAUAGAAUUGUGGACUCUUUGAAGAUGGGAGUGCCUUGAAAAAACAUGUAGUUAACUGGCUUGACUAGCAUAGCCAGGCUGCAUCCAGCAGGGAGUGUGGGGAUUGGUUGGACUCCAGUGCACACAGAUGUUUUGUUCAGGGACUCCACUGGUUCCUCUCCCCUGCUGGAGCAGUAAGUGAUGUUAAGGUGCAACACUUAAUAAUUGAGAUUUUGACUUACGGUGUGGUGGGGGGGGGAAGGAGAGGGUAAGAGGCUUUGAUUUAUUGUUUUUUUGUUUUUUUUUUUUAUAAUUAGCCAGCAUUUGGUAUUGUUUAUGCACGUAGAUGCAUGCCUAAGAGCAGAGUGUAUGUCGUUUUGGAUAAAAAUUUUUGUUGAAAGUAUGAGGACCACUCCCUUGUCUGAGAUUUCCCCUCACUGGGGGGGAAAGAAAAUGAAACAUUAUGAUAUGCAGUGGUGGCCAGGAUGUAAACUGGAUGGGGAAAAGUGGCCAGAAAUGGGAACCUUGAAAGUGAAAGAUAAAAUCCUUUUUAAACUAUUUAAAUGUGAGUUUGGAAAUAAGAUUUUAACACACGAAUUUUUGUAUAUGCCAGAAUGCAUUCGUUAUAAAAUUAUUAAUAAACUAGACAGAAGUAUAAGUUGAUGGAAAUUAAUUUGAGGGCUUUAGUGGUAUUAUCUGAGACUAGGAAGAGCAAAAAUAUAAAAAGAUGUUGCUCUGCUUGCAGUAUUGGAAAAAAAAUGUUCCCUGACUGGAAAGAUGUACAGGUUUUGUGGAACGUGGUGUUAUUCCCUGAGGAAAAAAAUAAACACAUUCUUCUUAGAGAAAGCUAGUGGGGAAAACAGGAGGAUAAAUUGCAAGAGAAGGCCGAGAAUGGUUCAUGCCUGUAAUAGAACCUAAGUGGGAUCUGAGUACUUAGGGGACAGCUAAUGAUUAAAUAGUGUGACACAGAGCUCGACUGAGCACCCAUCAGCAUUUUAUGAGCGGUCAUGUGAGACAGCUAGAAAGUGGACUUGACUUAAGUUUAUGGUUAGUGCAAGAUUUGAGAGCUGUUAAUCAAAUAUUUAGCAACAUGCAUCCUGCAGUAUCUAACCACUAUGCUUUGCUGACAGCUAUAGCUGAUUUCAGUGUUUAUAAUUUUAGAUUUGAAAGAUGAUUUCUUUUGCGUUCCCUUGGGAGAACCAGAAAAUGUUUGCUUUGGAACAGGACAGAAGAGUCGGCUGUGCUGAAUGGUGCUUCCCCAAGGGCUUAAGAACAGCCUAACGCUGUUUGGUGAUAUACUGGCGAAAUUACUGGAGGGUAGGGACUUGUCAGUUACUUCACUGACAUGAUGUUGAAAAUGUCAAGUGUUUUAAAUCCUGCAUUGCAGUUACCUGUAAAUGAGGGAGAAGACCUAUCUCAUGAUUGCUUGCAAGCAAUUGAACCUGUAUAUUCCAACCAGCCAGACCUAAAAGAUGCCCUCCUAGAAAAUCCUGACUGGGAGCUGUUCACUGAUGGAAGCAGCUCUGUAGUUAGCGUAGAACAGAAAGCCCUAGGUAUGCAAUUAUAACCUGGGAAGAAGAAACAGAAUUAAGACCCUUGCCAGCCAAUAUGUAGGCUCAGAAAGUUGAGCUAAUUGCUCUGGCUCGAACAUUAAAACUGUCAAAUGAAAAGUGAGCUAACAUUUAUACUGACUUGAUGUAUGCCUUUGGUGUAAUAUGUACCCAUGGAGUGAUUUGGAAAGAAAGAGAAUUAACUAUAAUCUCAAGGAAAUCCUAUCAAGUAUAGUACAGAAAUCAUGAGAUUACUUGAUUCAGUUAGUUAGAAAUCCAAGAGAAGCAGGAGUGAUUCACUGCAAGGCCUGCCAGACUGGACAUACUGAUGUUACCAAAGGGAGCAGAAGAGCAGGUGAAGCUGCCAAGAAAAUAGAAUUGUCAGUAACUAUUGGAGGCGUACUUGCUGAGAAGUUUUAAAUAUUAAGACUCCUUUUUAUAUGAAAAACAGGAUAAAUUAGCUCCAGGAAUGAAAGAAGUUAACACAUGGGAGUACUCAUAUGGGUAGAAGCUCUAGUUGAAGCAGAAAGAGGAUAAGCAGUGGGAAUUAAUAUGUUAUUGAUUGCCAAAAGUAUUGUCCAGAUGUGCAGGAUUUGUCUUAAAAAUAAUGCUAAAAUUCAGAGGAGACCCAGGAGAGGUAAAAAAGGGUUCUGUACCUGGGGAAUAUUGGCAUUGAAACUGAAAUUGGAAUAUUGAGUAUUUUUCUGAAUUACCUGAGUAACGGGUAUACGUAAUUAUUGGUAUUGGUUGACACCUUCUCAUGGCAGCUUGAGGCAUUCCUGAGCUGAACCAAGAAAGCAAGAGAGGUAGUCAGCAUUUUAGUAAAGGACAUAGUUCCAAGAUCUGGUAUUCCAGGGGAAUUCUUGUCAGAUGGAGGACCUCGUUUUGCAGCAAAAAUAACCCAAGGAAUACCUAGGUUCCUGCAGAUGAAAUGGGACUUAGGUAUGCCAUUAAAAGCACAGUGAAGUGGUCAAGCAGAGAGGAUGAAUCAAACAUGAAAAAGACAGUCUGGAAAAUUUAUGUCAAGAAACACAUUUGAAAUGGGUCUAAGUUCUCCCUUUGGCAUUACUGAGAAUUUGAGUAUCUCCCAGGUUAGGGAGGGAAGGAGUUAGUCCUUUUGAAAUCUUGAAUGGAAAACCAUAUACCGUAAGUAUGACUGGAAAAGGCCAUCAGAUGCAUGUAUUUGAUAAUCAAAUACUUACUGAAUAUCUCUGUCUCAAGAGUUCUUUCUUCCCUUGGUAGGUACGAGCAAUUAAGAACUCCACUGCUGCUGAAUGUGCCUGUAGAGAGUCAAGUGGGUGGGGCCAGGGUGUUUUUGAUGGUGCCUAGAGACAGGAUAAGGGGCAGCGGGUACAGACUGGAACACAGGAAGUUCCAUCUGAAUAUGAGAAAUUACUGCUUCACUUUGGGGUUGACAGAGCUCUGGAACAGGCUCUGGAGUCUCCUUCUCCAGAGAUACUCAGAACUUACCUGGAUGCCCACCUGUGCAGUCUGCUGUAGGGAGCCUGCUUUAGCAGGGGGCUGGACUCAGUGAUCUCCAGAGGUCCCUUGCAACCCCUACAAUUCUGUGAUUCUGUGAUUCCCUUAAACCAGGAGACCAAGUGUAUUUCUGAACUUGGAAAGACAAACCUUUGGCUGAGAAGUGGAAAUGACAAAUACUGCAGUAAAAGGGAUUGACAUGGGUUCAUUACCAGGACAAAGGCAGAUCCAGCAGGAGAAGCAAAGAGUUGAAGUUGAUUCCCUGAAGCUGAAAAUGAAAAGAAAUAUUCAGACUGUAAGUGCAGUUUGUGUACCUACCCACUUAGAACUGGAAUUUACUCAGAGAGUAAUACUUUUGGUUUUGUACAUUUUACUUGUUCUGUAAUAUUUUGCUUAUUUGUGUCACUCUACAGAUUUCUUUAAAGGAAGAAACGAAGACACUAGGUGGAGGUGAUACUCCUCUGUUAACCUUUGGAUGAUAAAGAUAACUGAGGCAAGUGUAUCAGAACCAGGAAACUCAUGGGAACAGGAUAUGUUUCAUAAAAUAAUCCAAAAUACAGUUCGGUUUGCAAAUAA